AUGCGCAACGAACUCGGGAUUCGCCUUGGCAAAGAGCUUGGAUUUCGCAUAUAUCAAGAGCUGCUCGCAGACGACUGUCCACCAUCCCUCCAGCGGAUCACGUUCCGUGUGAAGCUCUACAAAGAGCUCCAGGAUCGUGACGGCCUGUUCUCGAUGCCGUGGAAUACGAUGGAGAAGGUCUUGUUGAACAGCAGGACAUUGGAGGAGGUCGUGAUAGACUUCAAUACUGGGAGUUACGAUGGAAGAGAGAAGUUUUGUGAGAUGAUGCCGACGCUGGACAACAAGGGCAUGUUGACGUUCCGAUACCAUGAGGACGGCGACGCCGAGUCGUCAUACUGGUGGGAUCUCCCCUUCUGA